AUUACAAGAUCAAAGUAUAAUAAUAAUUCGUUUUAGAAUGUGUGCGUGUAGUCUACAAAAUUAAAGUUGUGUAUAUUAAUUACGGUAUAAUAAAGCAUGCGGGGGGCGAGGGGGCGCGCCGCGCUCUCAUAUUCCGUAUAUUGAUUGUGUGCGAGGGGGCCGGGGCAAGGAGGGGGCCACGGCGUGCCCCACUCUGUUAUUUUACGACACGGCUUUCUGUGUAACAUAAUUUUAUUUAAUUUUGUGAAAUGUGUCGGUGUUAUUUGUGAAAAAUCGGGAAGUCGGAAGUGUGAAUUCAAGAUGCAGGGGCUGGUGAGUGACAAGACGUUCCACCUUAAGUGGAACAACCACCUGCAGAACCUGAGCCAGCUCUUCACGACCAUCUACUCGUCAUCGGCGCUGGCCGACGUGACCUUGUCCUGCCGGGAUGGCACGCUCAAGGCUCACAAGCUCGUUCUAUCCGCCUGCAGCCCUUACUUUGAACAAAUCUUCAGGGACAAUCCAUGCCAGCAUCCGAUCGUUAUCCUCAAAGGGAUUCCAUUCUCGGAGAUCAACCUGCUGGUGGAGUUCAUGUACAAAGGAUCAGUGGACGUCCAAGAAUUGGAUCUGCAGUCCCUCAUGCACACAGCCUCCGAGCUGGAGAUCAGAGGACUGGCAUAUGAGGCUCGGGACAAUGCUGCGCAGCUGUUGAAUGUGAACUUGGAGUACCCGACAUACUCACAGACUCAAGUGCCUCAGCCACAACCGCAGGCGUUCGCCCAGGCCCGCACUGAUGUUGAACGGCUUAAGCAGAUCCACAUGUACCAACAAUCCAUGAUGCGCUCGGAAGAGAUCCGGCGCCGCCGCCGUGACGACACCCCUGGUACGCAUACGGCGGUCAACAACAUACUCGCCGCCGCUGCUAGAGAGAUGGAGGAGGCGAGACAUGCGACCAGGGGCAACGAGAGGGUUGUGGCCAGCAUACAGACCGAGCUGGAACAUGCCGCCGCGACGUCUACUCCCGACAAGCUGGACGACGACAGGCCGAAGAAGCGCACCUCCAUCCUGUCGCCCGACGACGACAAGCUACGCGCCAAGAAGAAGAUGACCGUCCGCUUCCAAGACGACAAGACUGACGAACGCCCUAACAAGGUUAAUUCGCCGGGGGCAGCCUCCAACCAGGACGAACCCAAGCCGGGCGGCAUCAAAGUAGUCCAGCUAUCCGCUCUGCAAAAGCCCACAAACAAUGAGCAUGACGAUUCCGAUGAGAAAGCCAAGACCAUGGAAGAUGACGAAGAAACAGAUUCGAGCGGCUCCAUGUCCGACUCCAACGCCACCGAAUGCGAAGAAGGACGCCGUCCUCAUGUCUGCGACGUUUGUGAUCUCAGAUUCCAGCGAUCAUCCCACCUCUCCCGACACCGGCUGACACACACAGGCGAGCGGCCCUUCACGUGCGGCGGCUGCGGCCGCUCCUUCGCGCGCUCCGACAAGCUGCGCGUGCACACCAAGAUCUGCGAGCGGGAAGAUCCCACCGUCGACAUGGCUAACGAAUCCACCACGACCAAGCGCGAAAACAACUCUGAAGUGAUGUCCGGCAUGGUGCGCACCACACACCGGGAGUCCGGACAUCUCGUGUUCACGCCCAGUGGAGACGUCAUGCUACCCCCGAGGGCUUCUACCAACCCCGUCGUACUCAACAGUUCCCACAGCACGCUGGAGCCGGUGAAGAACGAGCUGCAGGCCGGCGACCUGCUCGACCCGCCCCGCCGCGGCCGCGGCCGCCCGCGCAAGACGCCGCUGCCGCUCACGCCCAAGAUCAAGAAGAAGCGCGGCCGCCCGCCCAAGACCUCACUCGACCUGGAGGGCUGCGUGCUGACGGGCGGCACGGUGAUGGGCAACGCGCACAACCUGAGCAGCCUGAGCAUGUCGGCGCUGCCGUCGGGCCAGCAGCUGCUGCUCAAGCGCAAGCGCGGCCGCCCGCCCAAGAACUACCUGCUGCCCGCGCGCACCGGUACCGACUUACCGAUGCAGUACAACAUAGCAAUGGACUUGAAUAAGAUUUACGGCCGCCCGAACGAGAACUACAACGCCACUAAUCUACCCUUCGGAGAUUUCUCCUACUUGACCGAAAUGAUGUACAACCCAGCCCUCGCCGCCUACGGAUACGGAGUCACCAGCGUCGACCCUGACCGCAACGUAGACCAGGAUCAGAGCGCGGUCAGUGAAACAUCACAUGACCGCACUAUAGACGUGUCAGAUUCAUCCUCGGACGAAGAGGACUCAUCGAGAGUUGAACCAGAAGAAAACGUCCCGGCGGUCGGCGUUGAAACGCAAAUCAUGACCGUCGGCGACUGUCAGAUCGUUAAACUCCCGCCUAACAAUGAGGAGCCGAACAAUAAAGAAGACAAGUUGGAACAGGUACAGGAUAAUUCUACUAUCGUUCCGGCUUCGACCCCCAGCUCGGUCACGAUCACUCCGAUAACUACGGUGGGAGACUGCACUAUAAGACCGGUAGAGAAUAACACUUAAGUGCGAAUAAUUAAGUGAUGAAAAUAGGUACAGAAUACCUGUUUUUGUUGCUUUUUAGCGGAGAAGGAUAGAUACCGACUGCAAAUCAAGACACAAAGCGAUCUAAAGAAAAUUGUUGAUGGCGUCACUUAACCUUUCAUAUGCGUGUGGUGGUAAAAAAUCGUGGGUCCAAAUCCCGUAGAGCAGAAAAAUCGUGCUUGAAAAAAUUUACAAAAAAUUCGGUCAGUAUCCUUAUCACAGACAAGAGGUUAAACUAGGCCUCUAUUCUAUAAUGUCCUAUCUCUUACUUCGUUGUCUAAAUUUAUGACGCGCUGCCACCUCGCUGCAGUCCUAAAAUUGUUAUAGAGAUAGUCAUUCAUAGAAACUCACUCAAAUUAACAACAAAUAUUGUAUAUUAUGAGAUUGAGACUUACAAAAGUGAUGCUAUCUAGUUAUUUCGAAAUAUUGUGAAAUUAGCAGUCAUUAUUACCCUUCUCUGUUACACUGUACGCUUACUAUUCAGCUGUUAUGAGCGGCUUAUUGCGGUGGCGUCACAGUAGCCUAGCUCUUUCUUUUACGGCUAGUAAGAGAGGGACGCCAUACUCGGCUAGUGUGAUAAAAGUGAUGCUCAAAAGAUAUAGACGAAAUGUAAACAUUACUGUUUGACAUAUAACAUAACCUCAAACUUACAAACUUUUUUUUUUUUUCAAUUGCGUCGGGGUUACUAACUUUUAUUCUGUUAUAACUGUAGGUAUGUGAAGAUUAUCAAUUUAAAUUGUUAUAAUAAUCGAUAUCAAACUGACUUAAAUACAAUAACUUCAAAAAUCAAGCACAAUAUGAAAUGGCAAUGCUGGAAUAUGACCCAAGCGUAUAAAUAGGAGCAGAAUUAUUCAAAAUAGCUUGUUUACAUUUUUGUCUACUUCUUUGAACGCCAUUUUACAUAGAAUUUUCGUCUGCAAGUCUUCCAACAUCACAAUAUGUACGACUUAAUUCCUCUGAUGCCGCCGCAAUGACGAAUAAAAAAAAAGAAAAAUGACUGUCGUUGUCUGCAUUUAGAUUGGUGGUGAAAUAAUUUAUUUUCCUGAAAUUAUGAACCGUUGUAAGCUUUACAUGAUUAACCGUGAUACUCAGUUAGAAUCGGCCGUUUUCGUGAACAAGUCACAAUCUAGCAAUGUUCUACAUGACGAUUAUGAUGGUGCCUCGGGCCCUGGGUCAUACAACUUACUACUUAAAAUAAUGUAGUUGACACUAUACAGUACUUACCUAAAUAAUUCUAAAGCAAUCCGUUGAAUUAAAGUGAGAAAGAAAUUACAUAUUACAAACUGAAAAAGAUAUCAUUUGUCUUGAGAGAAAAAUUACUUCAUAAAAUAAUAUGAUUUGUUCCCUAGUUGUUUACAUAAUUUUGACUUCACUCUAUCUACUACUAUAUGUAUAGUAAAGCGCAUCAGUCUGUGCAACACUAACAUGGCAAUAGUCAUCUGACACUGUCUUCAUUAGUGUGAAUUCUUAGUGUCAUUUGACAAUUUAGUUUCCGAAAAAAGCCUGAGUAAUUUACUCAAAUUAAAGACAUGUAAUGAAUUGCAAAUUAAAUUUAAACAUCUAAAAUUUACAUAUAAAUGAAGUUUUAUGACUCGGGGUUAGUACUUAGCUGUUAAAAGUACAUGGGACACAUAGUUUUAGGAUUAGUUGUAGAAUAAUAAGUUUAUAUAAAUGCAUUAUUUUUCUAAAUUAAAUACGGUAUUCACAUCACAAUACAAACCGGCUCUGAUGAAGUGUUCUUAAAAUUCAUAAGUAUUAAGGUUAUAGAAAUAAAAUAGACUGUUUACUUAUUGAACUCAAUGUAAAAGCAACCUUACUUCAUUAAGCGUAAGGUUCACAUUUGAAAACAAGCGUUCAGAAAGUAAGCAGUAGAAAAGUAGGUCUACCUCGAUCCAUGUCACUUUAGAAUCUUAACAGUGUUAUAUACCCACCGCAAUAAUUAUAUAUAUAAGUACUUAUACAUGGCUAAUGAUUAUUCAUGCAUGUCAUGUAGAACAUUGUACACAAGCAAAGUUAUGUACAGAAUAUUUUGCGAAUAUCUACAUAGAGGCAGCGUAUUUACUACAUAUGUUAUAGAAGUAUAUACCCAAUGUUUAUAUACAAGAUGUGCACUAAUGUUGCCUUGGAUGUUUUCUGUUCGAUGAUUCUUCCAUGUGUGUCAGUACUGAAAGGCUAUCUUACCAUUUAUUGUGGUAGAAUUAAUACCAUUUCAUUUUAGUAAAAUCCAAUCGACUUACAUAAUAUUUAACUACAGAUUAUUAUGGUAUUAAAUAACCUUUUAAAUACUGAAGAGGUAGCCACGUGUCUAAGCUUAUGUUAUUCUUUCCCAAUAUUUCUUGGGGCUUUAAGUGGAUUAACUAUAGUUAUUCCACAUUAGCGUUUCUAGUAUCUCUCUUAUUUGAUUAAGACUACGGCGUCUGCCUUCCUUAUGCUAUAACAAGCUCUGUGAAUACUAGUACUGUAGAAGUAGUGUUUUAGAUAAAACUUAUUCUAAAUAUUAACUCAACAACACCACACGAACAAGUGAUACGAUGUUAAGUCUAACUGGUGAACUAUUUGAUUUGAGAAAGUGAUUAGUGACAUGGCAACUGUAUCGCUAUUUUUGGAGUUUAUGGUCGCAACAUCGCUACCUAUUUCAAGAGUAGUGAUACCUUACCCAAGUCGCCUUUUGCCACUCGGCCAAGUCAAAUUGAACCCCAGAACAUAAUUGUAUGGAUAUUGUAAUAACAUAUAUUUCUUUAAUCGUUUUGCCUGUAAAAGCAAUGAGUAACGUAUCGUAGUCUUAUAUAAUGAUAUAUAACGCAAUAUAGUGUAAUGACCGACAUGACAGCUAGCGCCUACUGUCAAACAGUGAUGGCGACUUUUAUUUUGGAUAGAACAAAUUCGUACCGUAGUACCUUACUUGUGCGGACUGUGGAAUCGUACGCUUUAUAUCUGUCAACGUGUUCGCAUUAAAUGUCGAUGUCUUAAAAGUAUUAUAACUCACUACUUUGGAUUUUCGAUCAUUAUUUUCAUAACUGUACAGUAGAAUAGUUCCUAACAUGUAAUCGAAGCAAAAUUAUAACCCUCGACUAGAGUAGAUGAGUAAAUUUAUUUGAAAUCAAUUAUGUUUUAGUUUUAAGUCCUAAUUUUUAUAAUCGAUCAAAUUAUCGUAAUUUUAGUACCUAAUUUACAAUUAGUGAUAUGUCGAAUUGUUUAGGAUCGCUCGCCGAUGCAUUAAGUUUACGGAAGACUGCUCUGAUGUUUUCUAUUAAAGUUAAUUUUCGCUUUUACAGUUGACUGAUUUACUGAAAUCAUUUAUUGGCCUUCAAGAGGCAUUUAACAUGAGUCUCAGACGGCAAGCUAAACUUAUCGAGAUCAUUUAAUAUAGGAAUUGUAUUUUUAUAAUAAACCUUACGUAACUUUUAAUUUAUUAUCAUCCGCAAAUGUAACGUAUCCCAUGCCAUAGUGUAUUGACGUCUGAAAUUCGUAUUAGCUAUUAUAAUGGCCUUAUUGGCAAUUUGUGUUGUCGUUAAGUUUUAAGUGUUGAACAGCCGCUGUGUUAGCUUGACCUUGAAUGAUACUGUCAUGACAAUAUGUGUCCAUUUACAUACAUUUAGGUCUAGAAUACCUGAGCUUCUUACACACUAACCUGACAAAUUGUCAACUGACACUGACAAUUUGCUAUCACUAUCGGUGACUCACUAAAUGUAAUUCAAUACGUGUCAAUUUUUUUGAAUAUUGAAAUAUGUAAUUAUGUUUGAAGGAUAUUGUCAUGACAAUUUUCAGAUAAGUAUUGUAUCCCAGACGGCGAGCUUCGCUGAAGUUAGUUGUGAAAUCGCAUUGACGCAUUUAUACCGCGUGUAUUCAAUGUUUGCGAGCACUGGCAAAUAGAGAUACAAACGAAUAGCAGCUUUAUCGAAUGUUUUGAUUAAAAGGCCUGUGCACACCGCGUGCGUAUGCGUACACGUUGUAAUAUAAAGAUCCUUAUAAGAGACUGCACACCGCUUGCGUGACGUGUGCGUGCGCAGCUCAAGCAUUUUAGCGCAUGCGCACGUCCACGCACACGCAGCCGGCGUGCUGCUUUUAAGGUAUCUUGUAUGGUAUCUGGCAGGUUAAGAAGGUCAAUAAUCGUAUCUCUAUUUGUGCCAAUGUGACAUUUUUAUCUCAAUAUCGUUUAGUUGCUAACGUAUGAUUAUUUUUUACGUUGAUUUAUGUACGACUUGAAACUUAUACUUAUGAGAACGCUUGCUAAUGAAUAGGUACAUUAAGUAUACGUUUGAGCCCCAUUCAUUUCUCGCAUACAACUUCUUUAUUGGAAUGUGUGUAAUUUAUUCAUUAGUAAGUUCGUAUUUAGUUACUAAUAUUUUUAAAUGUUUAGUGUAGUAAUCGAAUCACAAGUGAAAUCAUGUUAGUUUAUUUUAUUUACGAUGGCAAAAUUAUAUAACGGUUGAGGUCUCUACUUGUUUAUAAAUACUACCCCAAUUGAUGCGUUGACGACCUCAAAUUAAUUAGUAUUCAAAAUUAAUCGAUCAAUCAUCUUGUGAUGGACGUUGUUCGAUACAUCGAUCGUUAUUGAUUAAUAACUUUGGUUUUGUAACACUAAAAAAUUAAUACAAAUGUGAAUAUGAUUCACUAAAACCCAUAAUUCGCCUUUAAGUCACUUUAUUGUAUGGCUGUCUGUUGAAGAUAUUUGAUGAAGUACAAACAGAUAAUGACGGCCAAAGUGACAAAACAUAUCGCAACAUAUUUUUAUAGUAAUAAAGUUAUGAUGUAAUAUGUUAGUUUAUUUUGCUAUCUACUUGAUGUUGACUGUAUAUCCAGCUGCAAAAGUGCGUGGUCACUGUAUGAAUGAAUUUAAUUUUUAAUGUGUCCAUACAAUUUUGUAGUUUGCUGUACAUUGGCUUCAAAAUGCACCAUCUAGUAGAGACCUCAUAUUCCCCGUCCAGACAUUCACGCGGAUAGUUCUAUUAUGUUAGCUCUUUAAUAUUGGGCGAAGCUAUUUAGUUUUUAAAUACGUUGAAUGAUUAUAUUCCUGUAUGUGAAAUGUUUACAUUUUACGUUGUGAUCAUGUGAGUGCAAAAUUAUUUUGUUUAGUGACCAUAGUUGGUUCGUCGUAACGGGCAGCAGACAUAAUUGUUUGGUUCUGCAUAGUCCAUGAGCAGUAUUUUUUAGAUUUAAUCUCUAUUAUAUGAACCUCUUUUUAUUAUUUUAACAAUUAUGAAAUUCAAUCGUUAGUUACUUUCUAACAAUGAAAUAUUUAAUAAAGAAAUUACAAAAUUAA